UUGCGGGGAAGUUCAGAGUGUAAGGGAGCAUCCAAUUGGCAGGAUCGCCACUCCAUGUGUUCUAAUCUUGCUUAUUGUAAACUUGAACAAUGAAACCGUAAACUUCGUGGUUCAUUGUCAACAUUUUGUACUCUUCAAGACUCUUGUAGUCUUGUGUUGGUGUGAAACUCAAAACGUUCGUCCUCGAUGUGUGGGGUAAGUGUUGGCAGCCCGACACGUUUAAUUAAAUGGAGCUUGAGGGCCAGUGGUGGAAAGGACAGCUUGCAGGAGAUAUACACCAGGCUCUUCGCCUCAAGGAGCUCAAGCUGCCACUCUACAAAGUCCAGUCUCCACAGCUCAACCUGAGGCGGUACUUUGCAGACCUCAUAGCAGUAGUGAGCAAUCGUUUCAAGCUAUGCCCAAACGCCAGACACCUUGCAGUUUAUCUGUUGGAUCUCUUCAUGGACCGCUAUGACAUCUCUGUCCAGCAGCUUCAUAUAGUCGCCCUCUCCUGUUUGCUCUUGGCUAGCAAAUUUGAGGAGAGAGAAGACCGAGUGCCCAAGCUGCAGACAUUGAACAGCCUCGGUUGCAUGAGCUCCAUGAGCCUGGUUCUGACCCGACCGGGGCUGUUACACAUGGAGCUGCUGCUCCUGGAGGCCUUCCAGUGGAACCUGUACCUUCCCACGGCGGCCCACUUCAUUGAGUACUACUUGUCAAUAUCGGUCCACGAGGGGGACUUGCAUGAUGGCUGGCCCAUGGUCUGCCUGGAGAAGACGGUCCUUUACAUGAGCAAGUACGCAGACUACUUCCUGGAGGUUUCAUUACAGGACCAUGUCUUCCUGAGCUUUGCGCCAUCUUUGGUGGCGGCUGGUUGCGUGGCGGCCUCUCGCAUCAUCCUGCGCCUGUCCCCUACCUGGCCCAGCCGUCUCCAGCACCUCACUCUCUACCCCUGGGAACACUUGCUGCCCUGUGUGGAGAGGUUACUUCUUGCCCACGACGGUGACCUGAAAGAAGCCAACAAGCAGAAGUGCCAGCACCCGAUGUCUCAGAUGGUGUUCCAGUCCCAGCCCCAGAGCGCUGCUCCACACCAGUACCUCCAGAGACCCACGCUACAGUACACCCAGCAGAACCUGGCCCAGACCCACGGCCCGUCCCCCUACCUGACCCAUACCACCACGCUGCAGCCCAGCACCACCCUGGGACAGGGGCAGGCCCAAACCAUAUCGGCCUCACUGGAUCCAAAGGGGAACCUGCCCACCCGGGGCUAUCAGUUGAACGCACUCUACACCUGUGCCACCCCCCAGUUUGACAGGUGAUGCUGGCUCUGGUUCUUUAGAGGAAUGGACAGGUGUUGACAUGAUGGAGCCAGGGUGACCAAGCUGCCCCCCUCCCUCACAUUCGACUCGGAAGGAUUAACUGAACCAUUUCAGCUGCUAAGCGAUGUUUUUUCUUUCUUUUUUUUUCUCUCUUUUUUUUGAAACAAAAAAAAAAACUAAAACACAUCAUCUGGUCAAGAAGUGUUGGAAAUUCAGUGUUACGUUCUUAGUCAUACAGAAUCAGGCCAUUCAAACGUGCAAUAGUAACUUUUUUUUUUUUUUUUUGCCUUGAAAUAAUGCUAAUUAUGUUGAAGUGUAUUUUUCAAUGCAGACUUCAUGAAAAAUGUGGGUGUAUAGUCAUUUUUACAAGUAGGUGUAGUUGUUUAUUUGUGCGCUGCUACCUCAGAAGCAUUGAAUGUAGACUAUUGUCCUGUGAACAGUACAAGUGCACUUUGAUUCGUUAUUUGUUUUUAAUAAAAACACUGCAGGGUGACUAUGAACGUCUCGAACAGACAUGUGCCCUGUGUCAGUUUCAUGUACACUCAUGUCAAACAGUCAUCUAGAGGUUUCUUUUUACUCUCAGAAAGUGUGAGCAUUUUUUUGAUGGCUGAAUUGAGAUGACA